AUGUUCAUUUUGACUUUAUGUGCAGUACUAAUACAGCAUAUUACUGCAGAAUGUGAUUUCAAAUUCAAAUGCUUCGUUAAUCUAAAAAAAAAUUUUGUUGUUACUGAAAGAAAUUUGUUAAAUAUUUCAAGAAUUAAUGUCCUUUUGACAGGUCCAAGAUCAUCUGUCAGCAAACCAAAAUUGCUAACAAAAUGCAAAAUAAGCAAUCGAGCAAUAUAUGAUUUUCAAGUUGAAAAUUUGGACGGAUCAAUGACAGACUUGUCAAGCUACCGUAACAAAGUUAUUUUGCUCAUUAACGUUGCCACAUAUUGUUCUUUCACUGAGCAAUACAAAGACUUUAAUUUGUUGCUCAACAAAAAUAGUAAUGCGUCACUUGUAAUUCUGGCAUUUCCAUGUAAUCAAUUUCAUUAUCAAGAACCAGCUCGUAAUCAUGAAUUACUGAAUGGUUUAAAAUAUGUACGACCAGGAGAGGGCUGGCAACCACAUGAAAAACUACAUAUUUUUGGCAAAUUAAAUGUUAACGGUGAUUCCAGCAAUCCACUAUACAAAUUUUUGAAGGAAGUCUGUCCACAAACAGCUGAAACCAUUGGAAGACGCGAUGAACUUAUGUAUGAUCCAAUUAGUGUUAAUGAUAUUACUUGGAAUUUUGAAAAAUUUCUGAUUGACAAAAAAGGUCGACCUCGUUAUCGUUUUCAUCCUACAGCGUGGGGUAAGGGAACUGAAGUACAGCCGUUUAUCUAUCAAUUAGAAAAUGAAUAA